AUGUCGCCACCUGCCAUGAACUUCCAGGAGCCGGCUACCAAUGGCCACGCAGUUCCAGUGGCAGCGUCCAAGAUGGCCUCUGUGCCUCACACCACUGCCAUUCCGAUCAACGGGCAUACCAAGCCUCAGGCCAUCGACGACAUGGCUGGAAAGUGGAGCGAUUUUAAGUUCGCGCAUAUUAGGGAGUCUCAGGUCUCGCGGGCCAUGACCAGGAGGUACUUCGCAGACUUGGAUCAGUACGCCGAGAGCGAUAUUGUCAUUAUCGGAGCUGGAAGCUGUGGUCUCUCGACCGCUUACUGCCUCGCCAAGGCGCGCCCGGACCUCAAGAUUGCCAUCAUCGAGGCUGGCGUCGCUCCUGGAGGAGGCGCUUGGCUUGGCGGUCAGCUCUUCAGCGCCAUGAUCAUGAGGAAGCCAGCCGAUGCCUUCCUUCGUGAGCUCGGCGUCCCGUACGAGGACGAUGGUCCAGAUGCAAACUUCGUGGUCGUCAAGCACGCUGCCCUCUUCACCAGCACUGUGCUGUCCAAGGUGCUCCAGUUUCCAAACGUGAAGCUCUUCAACGCCACUGCGGUGGAGGACUUGAUCACUCGCAAGAACUCCAGUGGUGAGCUUCACAUUGCCGGUGUCGUCACCAACUGGACUCUCGUCAGCAUGCACCAUGAUGACCAGAGCUGCAUGGACCCCAACACCAUCAAUGCCCCCGUCAUUGUUUCGACUACCGGCCACGACGGUGAGUCUUUGUGCACCCAAACCCCCCGCAACACCGUCAACUAACGCUCAUCUCAGGCCCGUUCGGUGCCUUCUCCGUCAAGCGCCUCGUGUCCAUGGGCAGCCUCUCUUCCCUCGGUGGCAUGCGCGGUCUCGACAUGAACACUGCCGAAGACGCCAUUGUCAAGGGCACUCGUGAGAUCGCUCCCGGCCUCAUCGUCGGAGGCAUGGAACUGUCCGAGGUCGACGGAGCCAACCGCAUGGGCCCUACUUUCGGCGCCAUGGCUCUCUCGGGCGUCAAGGCUGCCGAGGAAGCUCUCAGGAUCUUUGAGCAGAGGAAGGCGGAAUGCGCCGAGGGUGCCAAGCACUAG